CAAAGAUGAGCCCUUUCAUUGCAACGGAGUCUGAACUACUAUGACAUGCGCGGCUCUGCGGCAUUGCGGCAUUGCGGCAUUGCGGCAUUGCGGCUCUGCGACUAUUCACAAAUACAGCACCAGGUGAUGUUUUCUCUCAAUGCUUUCUCCAGUCAUCACAACCUAAGGUACCUCAUGUCCUUGUUCGUGAUCCUGGUAAGAUGUGUCCGCCAAGGGCAAUCUCUGCCUACACAACGGGAUGCUUUCGUGAGGUCUUUUUUCUCACUUGAUUAUCUUGUUCUACUUUAGUGGAAUGUUAUGAUUCUCAUCUGCAUGCCUUACUCACCAUUCUCAUAGGAUCAUCGCUGUGAGUCGAUGAGCUUGAGCAGCAUGAGAAAGCUAUGAAAUCUUGAAAAUUCCGAUUUGCGCCCGUCCGUCACCCUGUGCCGCAAGAAUCAGUAGGCUAUUGUCAAAGGAGUAGUCAAACUCGUCAUGCCUGGUAAUUA